AUGAGUGUGGAAAAUAAACGUGCUGCUGACUCUGGUGAGGUGGCUGUGAAGAGACAGGAUACGAGAGAUUCUAAAGGUAUUGCCCAUUUGAAACCAGAAUAUAUUGUCUCUACGGUUACUUCUCAUGCCGCGCCAGUUCAAUAUAAUGAUGAAGAACAAACAUCUUCAGAUCGUCAAUUGGAUUCAGGCACAAACAAGAAGAAAAAUUAUAAUAAUAAUAAGAAGAAGAAAAGAGGACAGAAUAAAGAUAGGGAUAAUCGUCAAGUAAAGGAGAAAAAUGCGUUGUGUCCAAAAUUAAUCGUGUCAGGUAACCCUGAAGAUUGUUUGUUCGGUGAAACUUGUAGAUUCAAUCAUGACGUAGAAGCAUAUCUGAAAGAUAAGAAACCUGAAAUCAAAGUUGACACUUUUAAAGUUUGUCCUGUUUGGGAAACAUUGGGUUACUGUCCAAUGGGUUAUAAAUGUAGAUUUUUAUCAACACAUUCCACCGAAUCAAAACCUACAAAUGUCACUGUAGCAAAUAAAGAAUUGAACCAUAUUGCAUUCGAUAAGAAGAGUGAUUUAAUUAAGAAAAGAUUUCCAUUUGAGAAAAGUGAAGAAAUCCUGGAGAUUCUCGAUUCUUUCCAACAGGAACAACGUGAUUUGAAAUCAAAUGACAAUACAGAGGAAGCAACCAAUACAGCUUCUACCGUAGAUUGUCCUCAAGUGAGACAUAGAAAUGCUGAAGUAGACUCAAAGAGGGAAAGACAAAAGGACUUAUACAACAAAUACAAAGAUACACGUUAUUGGUCCAAUGAAAAAAAAUCGCUUGAUUUUAAGAGAAAGAAAAUCUUGUCACCUUUAACUACAGUCGGUAAUUUACCAUAUCGUAGAUUAAUGGUUAAAUAUGGUUGUGAUGUUACGUACAGUGAAAUGGCACUAGGUGUUCCAUUAAUUCAAGGUACUAAUUCUGAAUGGGCAUUACCAAAGUGUCAUUCUUCAGAAAAAGAAUAUGGUGUUCAAAUAGCAUGUUCUAAACAAUGGCAAGCUGCUAAAGCUACCGAGGCUUUAGUUAGUCACAUCAACAAUGUAAACGAAGUCAAUUUGAAUUCUGGUUGUCCUAUCGAUUUAUUAUACAGACAAGGUUCUGGCAGUGCAUUAUUAGAUAAUCCUGCUAGAUUAAUUCGUUGUUUAAAUUCGAUGAAUUAUGUAUCUGGUGACGUUCCCGUGACAGUGAAGAUUAGAAGUGGUACAAAAGAUGGUCAUGCAAUUGCAGAUUCACUAGUUAAACGAUUAGUUUGGGAAACUGACGUUGCUGCGAUUACAUUACAUGGUAGAAGUAGGCAACAGAGAUAUACAAAAUUAGCUGAUUGGGACUAUGUAUCACUAACCGCCAAAUCAUUAAGGGAGAGUGAAUUAGAAUUUUCACAGAGUGAACAAUUCAAAGAUUCACAUAGUCGCGAUAAACCUAUUCAAUUUGUUGGUAAUGGUGAUGUUAAUAAUUGGGAAGAUUGGUACAGAAUAUUAGAUGGAGAUUCUAACAUUGAUAGUAUUAUGGUUGCAAGAGGUGCAUUAAUUAAGCCAUGGAUAUUUGAAGAAAUUGAAUCACAACAAUAUUUAGAUAAGACACCGGUGGAAAGAGUAGAUAUUUUACGUGAUUAUUCAAGAUUUGCUAUGGAACAUUGGGGUACAGAUGAAUAUGGUAUUUCACAAUGUCGUAGAUUUUUCUGUGAAUUUAUGUCAUUUUUCCAUAGAUACAUUCCAAUGGGUAUAUGUGAAAGAUAUCCAGUGAAAUUGAACGAAAGACCACCAAAUUGGAUUGGUAGAGACGACACAGAGACUUUACUUGGUAGUACGGACGUUAGUGACUGGAUUAAAUUGAGUGAAGUGUUUUUUGGUCCCGUCGAUGAUUCAUUUGUCUUUACACCAAAACAUAAGAGUAACUCGUACCAACAACCUUCUAAAUAG